UGCAGGCACAAAUGAUUUACUUUCUGGGUCACCGCACAAUGUUUCAGAAAGAUUGGUUACCUGACAGAUACAUGCAGUGCCAGAUUUUACAACAAAAAUGGCUGAUUAUUGGAAGUCCCAGCCGAGACACUUUUGUGAGUUUUGCAAGUGUUGGAUAGCUGACAACAAACCUAGUCGAGACUUCCAUGAGAAAGGAAAAAGACAUAAAGAAAAUGUGGAACGCAAGAUUAAGGAGGUACGUGAGAAGAGUGAGGACCACUGGAAAGUCCAACAGGAGAACAAGGACUUCCUUCAGCAGAUGGAGGCAGCUGCUCUGAAGGCUGCUGCAAAGGACAUUGCCAGUGACCCAUCCCUGGCCAGUCAGUAUGGCAUCAACACACCUAUCCAGAGACCUCCCACAGUCAACAUAGACACAGUUUCCAGUUGGGCCGUGCCUGGCAAGAAGGUGGAACAGAAAGCCAGUCAGCCAGAGGGGGAAGCAGACAGUGGCCCAUGGGUAGAGAGCACCAGUCCAGAGGGAUACACCUACUAUUAUAACACUGUGACAGGAGAAACCCAGUGGGAAUUACCAUCCAGCUUGAAAACAUCAGAGGAAGCAGACAAAAGUGUGGGCUCAGAGAGAAAAGCAGCAGCUAAAGCAACAGAGAACACUAGUGAGUCAGAGAAGAAUGCAGACUGUCCGUGGGUACAGGGGACUAGUGAAGAAGGACAUGUGUAUUACUACAACACUCAGACUAGAGAAUCACAAUGGGAAAAACCAGCCAACUUCACCACUGCCACCAAAGAAUCAAAAUCACAGGAAAACAGAAGUGAUGAGAAAGAGGAGAAUGAUCCUGAGGAAGAGGUGUCUACAAGCUCCAGUAUUAAGGAGGAGGAGGAGAACUGUCCAUGGGUAGAGCGCACCAGCCCUGAGGGAUACACAUACUACUCCAACACUGUUACAGGAGAAUCUCAAUGGGAAAAACCAUCCGACUUCACCACUGGAAAGUCAACAGAAGGGACAUCCAAAAAGGUCAAGAGAAAAGACGAGAAAGAAGAGCAAAAAGAGGAAGCCUCUGCUGAAGUGAGUGAGAAAGUUGGAAAAGGUGAAGGAGAGGAAGAAGGAGGAGAGAAAGAAGAAAAGAAAGAAAAGAGACCACUGAAGAGAAAAUCUGCAUACGGUGCAUGGACAACAGUACAGCAGACCAGCCAGAAGAUAGACCUCCAGCUGCCCUGUGGGGCUGCCGACCAGAAGCCUGACCCAACGCCACAGUUCACAGAAGAGCCGGUACGAGUCAAGUUCAAGGAAAAAACUGUCACCUCGUUGAGCUCUGGUGUAUUUUCUAGUGAAGAGCCCGUUGGAUUUAAGAAGAAGAAAGUGCGGGCCAAUCGUAGCAUCAGGAGAAGAGAUGACGAAGACUAGUGGAUCUGGUGUUACUGUGACAAUUUUAUGUGAUCUACAAGUGUAAGAUAUUGUAACCAUUCAUACAUCUGACAUUUUCUCUUUUGUACUUAUGUUUUUUGCCACACUUUGUGAGAAGCACAAUGAUACAAACAAUAUACAUGUAUGUAGAAUGUGAAAGCUUGUU